GCUGUGCCCCGAACACUGGUCGUCGCGCAGUCAGUCUUCCCGCCGCCUCUCGACCACCCAUUGCGCACGCGGCGGGAGUUGAGCGAUGCCGGACGAUCUCAAAUCCGAUCAGGAGCCACGAAUACCAGAGCCGCGAUUACACCGCGACUCGGAGACCAAAUCGACGACGCCGCGGAGCUCGCGCAGCUCGUUUGGAGAGGAGGAGGGCGAUGCGUGUGACGGCGACGCGGGCGCGGGGGAGGAGGGAAUACAGGGCAGAGAGGGCGAAAUCGCGAGCACGGGGGCGACGGAAGACGGGCACGGAGUGUCGAGUGGAGGAUCACCGGACGGGAGCGGCACGGGCGCCGCCGGCGCGGCGGUGUCUGUGGGGACGGGCGCAGCCGUCUCGCAGAACCUGGUGGCGCUCUUUAGCCAGACGCUGUCGCUCGAUGGCGAGGGCGAGCCGUGGGAGAACCGGGUGCGCGAGUCGGCGGACAACGACGGCGAGAGCCUCGUCACCUUUGGUCCGGCGACGGAGGAGGAGCUGGAAGACAUUCUGGGGCGGCUGAAGCAGGUUGCUCAGACCGUCGGCUGCGAUUGCGUCGUCGUGCACACGUCGGAGGCGGUCGACAGGGGCGAGGUCAAGCUGACAAGGUACGCGAUGGUCCGCAAGCUGCCGUCGCAAGGGCACCACCUCGACCUCCGCGUCGCCGUCGUCGGGAACGUCGACGCUGGCAAGUCGACGCUGGUCGGCGUGCUCACCGGCCCAGUCAACUUCCUGGACGACGGGCGCGGGCUGGCGCGCUCGCGCGUGCUGCGGCACAAGCACGAGGCGGAGACGGGGCGGACCUCCUCCAUCGCAGAGGACCAGCACAUGCGCCUCUCCGCACGGGGCGACUGCCUCGCCACGGAGAGGCACGCCAAGCCGUCCGACAGCAGCGCGGCGCAGACGGCGAAGGUGGUGUCCUUCAUCGACCUUGCGGGGCACGAGCGCUACCUCCGCACCACCGUCUACGGCCUGACCGCCCACGAGCCGGACUAUGUCAUGGUGGUCGUCGGCGCCAACCACGGCAUCACCCGCAUGACCAAGGAGCACGUCGGCAUGGCGAUCGCGCUCAACGUGCCGCUCUUUGUCGUCGUCACCAAGGUGGACCUCUGCCCCGAGCCCGUCAUGAAGGAGACGAUGAAGCAGCUCGCGCGCAUGCUCAAGCUGCCCGGCGCGAAGAAGCAGCCGUACGUGAUCCGCUCCGAGGACGAGCUCAUGAUCGCGGUUCGCUCGUUUGGCCGCUCCGCCGUCGCGCCCAUCUUCACCAUCUCGUCGGUCGACGGCACAAACGUCCCCCUGCUGCGCCAGUUCUUCAACCUGAUGCCCUCGCGCCGCGCGUGGGCGGCGCAGAGCCAGCAGCCGCCCGAGUUCCUCAUCGACCAGUUCUUCAACGUGCCCGGCGUCGGCCUGGUCGUGGCCGGCACGCUGCUCUCCGGCGUCGUCUCGCUCAAUCACGUCCUCGCGAUGGGCCCGAACAACGUGGGCAAGUUCAACACCGUGACGGUCAAGAGCAUACACCACAUGCGGACGGCGGUGCCCGCCCUGUUGCCCGGCCAGACGGGCGCCUUCGUCGUGCGCUCGCGCACCAAGGAGCACGUCAAGAACUUCGGCGUCCGCAAGGGGAUGGUGCUGCUCGAAGGGACAGAGGAGCCUCGCGCGACGCGCACCUUCGCGUGCGACGUCCUCGUCCUCCACUCGCAGACCACCAUGCGCGUCAACUACCAGCCGAUCCUCUAUGCGCGAAACGUGCGCCAGUGCGUCCGGAUCGCGGCGAUGGACAAGGAGGUCCUCCGCACGGGCGUGCGCGCGCGCGUCACGUUCGAGUUCAUGUACCGCCCCGAGUUUUUGCAGCAGGGCACAAAGGUGCUCUUCACCGAGGGCAAGACCAAGGCCAUCGGCACGAUACGCGAGCUGCUCGGCUGA